AUUCAUCUUCUUCAAUCGUAAGAAAAAAUCUGACCAGCUUCAAUUUCCUCCGAGAAGGAAACAAUGGCGGACAUUGUUCUGAGGAAGCUGAUAGUCGAGAUCUGUAGCGCAAGAAAUUUAAUGCCAAAGGAUGGUCAAGGAACAGCUAGCGCUUACGCAAUCGUAGAUUUCGACGGCCAACGGCGACGGACGAAGACUAAAUUCAGAGAUCUGAAUCCACAAUGGGACGAGAAGCUCGAGUUCUUCGUCCACGACACGGCGACUAUGGGGGAAGAGAUUCUUGAGAUCAAUCUUUGCAACGAUAAGAAGACGGGAAAACGGAGCACGUUUCUCGGGAAGGUUAAGAUCGCCGGAAGCUCGUUUGCGGCGGCUGGAUCUGAAACUCUUGUUUAUUAUCCGCUUGAGAAGAGGAGCGUUUUCUCUCAAAUCAAAGGUGAGAUUGGAUUAAAAGCAUACUACGUGGAUGAGAAUCCACCAGCCGCGCCAGCUGCGACGGAGAAGAAACCUGAGGCUGCAGCUGAGACGGCAGAGAAGGCGCCGGAGAAUCCAAAAGCAGAGGAGGGGAAGAAAGAAACAGAGGCGGCGAAAACAGAGGACAAGAAGGAAGGAGAUAAAAAAGAAAAGGAGAAACCUAAGGAAGAAGCUAAACCGGAGGAGAAAAAAACCGAUGCGGCAACUCCGGAGCCACCGGAUACUAAGGCAAAGAAGCCUGAUGCCGCCGCAGCUCCUCCUCCUCCUCCGGCUGAGAUUAAGAAUCCGCCUUUACCGCAGAAGGCAGAGACUGUGAAACAGAAUGAAUUAGGAGUUAAACCGGAGAACGUAAACCGGCAAGAUCUAAUCGGGUCCGAUCUCGAGCUUCCUUCACUAACCAGAGAUCAGAACCGUGGUGGUGGUUACGAUCUCGUCGAUCGAAUGCCGUUUCUAUACAUUCGUGUAGCUAAAGCGAAGCGAGCAAAGAACGAUGGAAGCAAUCCGAUUUAUGCAAAGCUCGUGAUCGGAACAAAUGGUGUGAAAACCAGAAGCCAAACCGGUAAAGAUUGGGAUCAAGUGUUUGCUUUCGAGAAAGAGAGCUUAAACUCAAGCUCACUUGAAGUCUCCGUUUGGAGUGAAGAGAAGAUUGAGAAGGAAGAUAAAACGACGACGACUACUGAAAUUUGUUUGGGAACGGUGUCGUUUGAUCUCCAAGAGGUUCCUAAAAGAGUGCCUCCGGAUAGUCCUUUAGCUCCUCAAUGGUACACAUUGGAAUCUGAGAAAUCGCCGGGGAAUGACGUCAUGCUCGCUGUUUGGCUCGGGACUCAAGCUGAUGAAGCGUUUCAAGAAGCUUGGCAAUCUGAUUCCGGUGGAUUGAUUCCGGAGACAAGAUCCAAAGUUUACUUAUCUCCGAAGCUUUGGUAUUUGCGUUUAACGGUCAUACAAACCCAAGAUUUGCAGCUAGGUUUGGGAUCCGAAGCUAAGUCAAAGAUCCCCACCACUGAGCUUUAUGUGAAAGCUCAGCUUGGACCUCAAGUCUUCAAAACGGCUAGAACUUCGAUAGGGCCGUCGACUUCUUCGUCUGGUUCCGGUAACCCGACUUGGAAUGAGGAUCUUGUUUUUGUAGCUUCCGAGCCGUUUGAGCCGUUCUUGAUAGUGACAGUGGAAGAUAUAACGAAUGGGCAAUCAAUUGGUCAGACCAAGAUACAUAUGGUAAGUGUUGAGAGGAGAAAUGAUGACCGGACUGAACCGAAAUCGAGGUGGUUUAAUCUCGCCGGGGACGAGAAUAAACCGUACUCCGGGAGAAUCCACGUGAAAGUUUGUCUUGAAGGUGGGUAUCACGUGCUAGACGAAGCAGCUCACGUGACUAGUGAUGUCCGACCAUCGGCUAAACAACUAGCCAAGCCACCUAUUGGUUUAUUGGAAGUGGGUAUCCGUGGAGCUACUAAUUUACUUCCGGUGAAAACUAGAGAUGGUACACGUGGCACCACCGAUGCUUAUGUGGUUGCUAAGUACGGACCGAAAUGGAUUCGGACCCGUACGAUCCUAGACCGGUUUAAUCCGCGGUGGAACGAGCAGUACACAUGGGAUGUUUAUGAUCCGUGCACGGUCCUCACCAUUGGAGUUUUCGACAACGGACGGUACAAGCGGGACGAAUCCGGGAAGCAAGGGAGAGACGUAAGGGUCGGGAAAAUCCGUGUACGCCUCUCGACUCUCGACAUGAAUCGAAUCUACCUUAAUUCCUACACCUUAACCGUGAUCUUACCAAGCGGAGCCAAGAAAAUGGGAGAAGUUGAAAUUGCGGUUCGAUUCUCUUGUCCAUCUUGGCUAAGCAUUAUUCAAGCCUAUGUCACACCAAUGCUACCUAGGAUGCACUACGUCCGUCCGCUUGGUCCAGCUCAACAAGAUAUUUUGCGUCACACGGCUAUGCGUAUCGUGACAGCCCGGCUUGCGCGGUCUGAGCCUCCAUUAGGUCAAGAGGUGGUUCAAUACAUGCUUGACACGGACAAUCAUGUGUGGAGCAUGAGGAGAAGCAAAGCUAAUUGGUUCCGUGUCGUCACGUUCUUGUCACGUGCAGCCACCAUAGCCCGUUGGGUUCACGGGAUUCGAACUUGGGUUCACCCACCAACAACCGUUCUAGUUCACUUGCUUCUCGUGGCCAUCGUCUUGUGUCCACAUUUAGUCCUCCCAACCGUUUUCAUGUACGCGUUCUUGAUCUUAGCCUUAAGAUUCCGUUACCGUGGCAGAGUCAAAGUCAACAGCGUUGACCCAAGACUAUCUUGCGUUGACUCCGUUGCUCCCGACGAGCUUGAUGAAGAGUUUGAUGGUUUCCCAGCAACGAGACCACCGGAGGUCGUUCGUAUAAGGUAUGACCGGUUAAGGGCAUUGGCCGGUCGGGCACAGACUUUAUUAGGCGACGUGGCGGCUCAAGGAGAGCGUGUUGAGGCGUUGUUCAACUGGAGAGACCCACGCGCCACGUGUAUAUUCGUGGUGUUCUGUCUUUUCGCGUCGUUUUUGUUCUACAUCGUUCCAUUUAAAGUUUUCGUUUUGGGCUCAGGUUUUUACUACAUUCGACAUCCGAGGUUUAGAGACGAUAUGCCUUCCGUUCCGGUCAACUUUUUCCGGCGACUUCCUUCGAUGUCAGAUCAGAUUCUGUGAUCCGGAAAAAGGGUUAUAAUAAUGUUUUUUGUUUUGU